CAUAGGCCAAGAGCACUAUUUGCACAAACGUGAAAAUUUAGUAAUAACAAUAGGAUAGAAUCAUUUGCCCGUGGUACCUUUGCACUGUUUCCUUGACUUCAGCCAAGUUAAACCAGUUGCUACUUAAGGAACAGGUCUUGCAACACCAAACAAACCCUAAAGGCUUUGAGUAAGGCCCAAGCAUUUUAAAGCACUGCCCUAGAAUAAGAGGAAUGUACUAAAAAGUAUACCAUUUGGGUUUAGAUUUUGUAAGUCUUACUUGGGGUCUUUGGUGAGCGGAUAUUCUAUAAACUAGAAGGAAAAGCAAAGUCCAACAUACUGAAAACCAGAAGUGACCAAUGUUUUUUAUACAACUUCAGGGAAAGGAUUUUUAGGGGUGUAUAAUCCUGACCCGCAACUAUUUCACAACUUCAUCAUGCUAAAUGAAGCUUCAUCACACCACAAAAAUAGGCCUUCUUCAGCAACAGCUCCAGUUAAGGCUGGCCAUGAGGAACGCAGGCCUUCCCGGGUACAAAGCCUGAGACCUUCAAACUCCACAUCAAAAAUCAUAUUUACUGGCAUCUUAAAUCCUACCACGUGCAUUAAUGUUAAUGUUACCAUCAUGUUCAUUGUCUCCAAGGAGCACUACCCAGUUUAUGAUGUAAACAACCUGUACAACACAAAUGCUGAAUUUGACUGGGGAGACCUUCGAAGCCUCAGAGAGCAAGUAAGAGAGGCCUCCCAAAAAUUCUUCUUCUUCCUUUUCCAGUUCCAGCACCCUGGUACCUACGUGCUACAGCUGAGUAGCAACAGGCACAAAAGAAUGUAUGUUAGGGUCAUGCCACUUGGAGGACAGUGUUAUGAAGAGGGACCAUUCUUCCCCACAACACCCAGAUAUGCUGUACAGGUGGGCAUUGCAAAAAACCGAGACCUCCUACUGAAACCUGACUGGACAGCAAUUACUGGAGUAAUCACAGGACUUCUCAUAUUGCUUAUUGCCUCUGUGGUAUUGGCACUUCUUUGUCAGGGACUUAGCUGGUCGCAGAAAGGCACUACCUGCCCUCCAUUUCGAAGGCAGCAGCUGAAGUAUAAUCUGGACAGCUAUUCCUCCAAUGUAUCAACAGUCUUUUCCAUUAAAAAAUGUCACCCCUCACUGCAGAACAAAGGCAGUAUGGAUGAUGACUCUUGCAGCACUGGUGGAACAGCCUGCUUCCUGAAAAGGGGUAAUGUUUGGGAGCCUGAAGAACAGAUUGACCUUGAAUCAUUUAAUACCAAUGUUUUCUUUGAACUUUUGCUGAGACAGUCACUAUCUGUUACAACCAAACUGGGCCAUUUCAAAGAAGAGGUGAAAAAUAUAUAUUGCAAGCUUACGAGUGAAAUAUCUUCACUGAAAAACCUUUGGAUAAAGACACUGAGUAUCCCAGAAGAGAUGGAGGCUUAUGAGAGCACAAUGACAGAGGCUUACUUAAAAGCAAAACAGCAGGCAGAAGAAGAGAUGCAGCAAAGGAAACAGUUGGCUGCUGAAUAUGAGGAAAGUGUGAACAAACAGAUGCACUUAUUACAGCAUGAUCUGAAAUGUCAGGAAGAGCAUUGUGUCAUGUUCAAUUCUGCCUUGAGAGAGGUGGUGAGAUUGGCAGAGAUGCUGACAAAUAAAGUGGCUUGUAAAGAAAACCAAACAACACUGUCUCAGCCAGACUGUGCAAGCCUGUUAGCCCAGAUAGAGGCUGCAAGCAGCAAGAUGUCAAGCAUAAUAAUAAAGGAGAGUCACCGCCUCAAAGCAUGGGGAGUACUGGGUGAAGGAACAGGAGCUCACCUUCUUAACAAAGCUAAAACCAGGAUACUUACCAAGGAAGAGCUAGUGGACUCAAAUGGCACUGCCCGAGCACCUGAUGUUGUCUGCGUGGAUCCUGUCACUGGAUUGUUAACUCCCUACCCACACUGCACCAUGCUGCUGACCAGUCAGUGCCCUGGGCCGGUACCUAGCAAUCAUUUUCUGCAUCCUGAGACUGGAAAGGUACUUCACGUAGCUGGUAACGUUGGUUAUGAUCCCAUCAGAUCUAGGCUGGUCUGUGCUGUUGAUUCUGCUUCAGGUGCUAAGCGUCAUAAGCCUGAAGUGCCCAUAUUUCCCUACAUUCCUUACCCAGUUUGUCCCAACACUGGCCUACCCGUGAAGACAAAACUUCCAGUCCUGUGUCCUGAAAAAAUGUUUGGUAUGGGAGGACUCAUGCUAGAUCCGGUGACAGAAAUAGAAGUUCCAGUGCUUGGCGUUACAAUCCAUCCUCACAGCGGGCAAAAGCUGACUGUUGGUGGGACAUACCUUAACCCUCUUACUGGCAUGUUGACACCUCUGGAGAUUGGGGGUCCUAUGACUGAGCCAGAGGGAGGCAAGAUUGUUCCAAUACUUGGAGUCGGUUUGGAUAGUAACACUGGAGAAGUUAUACCUCUAGGUGGGCUGGUGGAUCCUUCCAGAAACCUAAUGCUUCUUGGAGAUUCCUUCACCGAACCUCUGAGUGGGAAAACAGCGCGGGUACAUGGAGCUCACCUUCGGCAAGAUGAGGUGCUGCCCCACAGUGGAGGUUACCAAGCAGUGUUGGAAGCUGAAUGGCUGGUAUCGCAAACCGAUGUGGUGAAUGCUCUAAAGCAGUUUAAGGCAUCAGUUUUGGAAGAUACCUGUCUAGCAGCAGACAGAUUAGCAGCACUAAAGGCUUCAGUAGAAGAUAUGAAGAAAUCUUUCACCACUAGGUUUUAUCAUGCAAUACAUUGCUUGCAAAGCCUGGAGAAAAAACGGGAAAUAGCUUCAAGUCUCAAGAGUAACGGUGGUAAACUGGGUAUGAUCAAAUAUCCUGGCACAGAGAUGUGGAUCCCUGCAGUGUUUGGAAUGAAAAUCCCAGAUCCUGGUGGGUCCAGUUUGAUGGUGCCAAUUCUGGGAAUAGACUGUGACUGGAACACUAGGCAGCCUUCCCCUCUCGCAGGAACAAUGGAAGACAGAAACGGAAAAGGCCUUGUCCCCAUCACUAUUGGUGCCAGAACCAUAAGUCCAAUUACAGGUGAAAUUGGGCCUGUUAUAGGUGCUCAAACCAACCCCUGGACACACAAUGUAAUUCCUACUGUUCAGUCUCUUGGAGUUUUACCAAGAAGAGCUACAGAUCCAGAUCUGCUGGACUUUCUAGAAAAGGAAAUAAAUUCAAAGCAUAUAUACUGGCAUUGCAGAAGAAAAAAGGAAGAAGGGCUUCUUAAAAAUCUGAUCUCUCUAAUUCUUCAUGUCCUUGAUGCUGCAAAAGAGGGGAAGGCACAGAAGAUAAAAUACAAGGAAAAAGUAAAAGACAUUGAGGAAAUGUGCCAUUUUCUUAAAGGGUCCUCUCUGCAGGAAGCUGAGAGACGAACCUCAAAAUAUUUCAGUAGCCAGAUGGCCACCGAACUAUCCUUACUAUUCAAAGCUGACAGAGAUGAAAAAGAACAGGAAAUACAGGUUCUGUUGGAGAUCAGAAAGGCACUGGAGAAGCUGAUGGAGUUCAUCGAAAAGAUGCAACUAGAAGAAGAACGAGUAUACAUGCAGCUGAUAGAGAGAGAAAAGCAAAGGAGCCACAUCUCAAGUAUUGAGACAGUAACAAACUUGAAGCUCAGAAAGGUCAUACUUGCCCUAGCCUCUGAGUCUCAGGAAUGUAUACUGAAACAACAAGCUAGUGUGGAGACUGCAUACACCAAACUGGAAUAUUUGAGGGACUUGUCAAAUAUCCAGAUGCAGCAGGCAAAGAUGCUUUUCUCUGGGUCACAACAGUGUUUUGAAAACUAUCAGACAACCAAAUUUUAUGGCAUUAAUGGGAUCUCACAUAGUACAUACAAGAUCAUCCAACAAAACCUGAUCCCACUACUCAAGUCUACGGUUCAGAUGCUGGAGGAAAAUAGCAAUAGUGUAUCACCUGAGACAUCAGGCUACUCAUCAAGGAGCACUUUAAAUGCUCAUUCAGAGGCAUUAAGAGCUGAAGCAAGUCAGGAAACCGCUUCAGCUUCCAUAGUAUCACCUGUUCUGCCCACUUCACAUUCAGAAAGGAUCAGCCACAUACAACAAGAAAUCCAUACAAGGUUUUUCUUUGAGAAGCAUGCUUGUGAACUGGCACAUCUGGAACUGUCCCUACUGACAGAAGAAAUAAACGCUAUCUUUUCCUUUUAUGAAUCAUCCAAGGCUAAGGAAAAGGAAUACCAUAAAGGAAAUUGGUUUCAGGGGAUGAAAACCAGUAAAGGAACAGAAGCAACCACCACAAAAAAUUCACUUCUGAAAGAACUGUCAGAACACCACCACCACACUGAACAAGCCCUCCGUCAGAAACAACUGGAAGAAAUCAAGCCUUCAGGCCUCAUCCCAGAGUUAACAGUGCCCAAACAGACCCUACAUUUUCUGGAAGAAAUUCCAGAUCAGUUGUCAAUUUGUCUUCUUGGCUUACAAAUCCCAGAUUCUAACUUCAUUGAACAGCAAAAACUACAUUCUUGGGAAGUCAAGCAUUCACCAGACUCUCUAACUCAAAUACUACAAGUUUCAGCAGUGAAGAUAGUAAAGCUGGAAGCUCUGAGGCAAGCAUGUCUAUACAGAGUCCUGGAUCUCUACAGCAACCUUCAGAUUCUGACUUGCCCAGAAGCUGUGACAAGGAUUCUGAACAGUUUUGACUACAAAAAUACUGGUGAAGAAGUAGCCCGAGAGGUCGCCCAGACUAGAGAGAAACAGCAAGUAGCAAGAGCAGUGGCCUUUCUUCACAAGCAUCAUCAGGAAGGGGAUUUGCUUAAAGGUUUAAAGGAAGAAUCAGAAGCUGAGCUGAGAAACAUGCAGGCACAAUUUAGACUGGAACUUCAAACACAGACAGAGGAAAAGAUGCAAGCCAAAGAAAUGCAAGUCAUCCAGGAGACCGAAGGAAAGAAGUUAGGGAAUCUUGUGGCAUAUUUCAUCCUAUCUCAGAGACACCUGCGGCAAACAGUCAUUAUGCUACAAGAUUGCUACAAGCUCAAGAAGAUUGCCUUGAGGUCCCAAAAGGAGGGCACAGGCCUGGAACAACUUGUUGUAGAAGAAUUAUUGAUUGAUGAUGACACAAGGGACAUUUCACAUCUCCUGAAGGACAACACAGAGUAUAUAUUUUUAGUGCUGGAAUUUAUACAAAGUCUAAGAUUGUUACAACUGAGGGAGACACAGUUUAAGGAAAUAGUCAGAAGCCUAAAAGGCUGCAUCCAGGAAAAGUUUGUGGAUGAAGCUAACAUCACAGCCAAUGAACUGAAAAAAUUCAGAGAGCAGAAAAUGAGAAGGCUGGAGGAACAGCUGAAACUCUUCCUGGAAGAUAAAACAACAAAGAAGAAUAUUUCAAGUAAUCUUGAUCCAUUGCAGAAGAAAAAUGCCACCUUGAAAACAGAAGAAACAACAGAAAAAAGACAAGACCUCUGGCAGACUUUCCAAGAGAAGCAUCUGGACCUCAAAGAAUCUCACAUAUGGCAAAUAUCAGAUGAAAGAGCAAAGCUGCAGGAUCAUCUGCUCUGUGGAGAACAGGAAAGCAGGAUGAAGCCCACAGGGUUUGAUUCUACAGCAUACAUUGAGCAGCAUAAUAGGUACUUGAUGAAAGAAUGCAGUGAAACAAAAGCUUUCUUAGGAAAGGAUUUUCAUCCAGAUUUGAAGAAGGUAAGAAUGAGACCAGAAGAAGAAAAAAAAGAAAAAGAGAUGCAGCAAAACAACAGUCCUCUAUCAUCUAUCACCAAGUCUUUCUGGGUUCCAGGGAUACAUCAUAAGGCAGAUGACCAGCUCCUAUUGUUCUUGACUAAGAAUAUCAAGGUGCUGAAGCAGGCAGAACACCUGAUGGUAUCCAGAAUCAUUCUUCUGAAUCCACAGUUUACAACACCUUCACUGUAUGGUGGUGAUAAAGCUAAGUGUAUAAAAACAUCUUUUCUUCUUGGUCUUCUGAAAGACGUGAAUGAUGAGCUCCAAAGUCAUGCAGUGGCAGCUGGACUACUAGAAAGCCAAAGGCUGGACAAAAAAACAGCAAGUACUUCUCAGGGUAUACAGGAUGCCUUGAUGACCCAAGAAGGAGAACUAACAGUAGUUGAUCCCACAACCCUUUCUACAAGAGAGUUUGUCAUAUAUCAGUAUGGCAUCUCCAUCCUACAGUUUCUCAGAUUUCACAUUGAUGCUCCAGAAAUUAAUCUGUGUGUUGCCUCCAGUGUACCUCUUAGUAAUGCCACAGGCAAUGCCUUCAGAAACUCUUUCUUUUAUCAGAAUUCAAAGAACAAACUAUUCAUUUUAAGGGAUUGCCUGAGCUCUGCUGGAAGUUUCCUUCUCCUCCUCGUGCACUGCUUAGCUCAUAUCACUGCUGCUGACUUCAACCACGACACCAAUCCACUCUUUCUGAGGCUUUUUUAUCAGGCACUAAAGGCUUGUCUUAGUGAAACAUUCUCUCUCAGACUCCAGUUGUCAACAGUUCUCCAGGGUGAUAAAUCUUAUGGGAUAAGUCAGAUGUUGCUAAAGGAAGAACCAUUCUGCAAGGAGGAAAUAAAUCUCAUCUCCCAACUUUUUGAGGUGAAAGUGAAAAACCUCACAGACAUGGAAGGCUUUGAGAAGAACAACCUCUUGCUCCAUAAGAAAUCUGAGGAACUACUAAAUGACAAGUUGCUUGUGAAGAAAAAAGAGCAUUUCCUUUGUGCCUCGAGCAGCUAUGAAAAGGGCAGCUUUGGAUGGAGGACAUGCUUUGAAGAGGAAACCUGCGCUUACUUGUCCCUUUCAGAACUUGAGGAUAAAGUGGAUGUGUUAACUGAAGAGCUGGUACACAUCAUAGAGGAUGAACACCAGUUUUUAAACAGUAAAGGCAAUGAAGACUUGCUUUUUUACUACCUUGAAAUAAGUAGUUUGGAGAAAGACUGUUUGGUAAAACAAAUAAAUGCAUUAGAAGAGAAAAUAGCCCUAGGCAGAAAGUUGUAGUGGUACUCAAAAGACGACUUGGUGCUUUGGUUCUAACUUGGUCCUCUGCGUUUGUCCUCAGGCUUUAAGCCACAGUAAAUCUUGUAUUUUUAUUUUAACUAUAGUGUAUUUUUCCCCUUCAUACAGCUCAUUAAAUUAGGAGUGAAAGCAAUGUAGUAAUUUAAGUGACAAGACUUUAAGUGACUGGUGUUUCUGGCUAUAUCCAAGCGGUCAAAAGACAAACAUUGUUGCAAAAGCUUAGACUCAGAGUUUUCAGGAACAGAAGCAAA